CCGAGCGCGUCCCGUCCCAUUCCCAUCCCAUUCCCGUUCUUUUCCCGUUUCCCGCUGCUGUUCCCGGUCCCGUUCCCGCCAUGGCCGCCGCACGGGCACCGGCGGCGCGCGCCGGGGCCCGGCCCCCCGAGCCUCCCAAGGCCAAGCCCGCCGAGGAGAGCGAUGCCCCCCCUGCCAAGAGAGCCCCGAUCUUCUAUGGGAGCCUGGAGGAGAAGGAGAGGGAGAGACUGGCCAAGGGGGAGACCGGGCUGCUGGGCAAGGAGGGCAUGAAGGCUGCCCUGGAGGCUGGGAACAUCAACAUCAGCAGUGGGGAGGUGUUUGACCUGGAGGACCACCUGAGCGAGCGGCAGGCCGAGGUGCUGGCGGAGUUCGAGCGGCGGAAGCGCGCGCGGCAGAUCAACGUGUCCACGGACGACGCCGAGGUCAAGGCCUGCCUGAGGGCCCUGGGAGAGCCCAUCACCCUCUUUGGAGAGGGGCCUGCAGAGCGCAGGGAGAGGUUGAGAAACAUCCUCUCAGUGGUUGGCACAGACGCGUUAAAGAAGACCAGGAAGGAUGAUGACAGGUCAAAAAAGUCCAAAGAAGAGUAUCAGCAAACCUGGUACCACGAGGGCCCACGGAGCCUGAAAACAGCCAGGCUGUGGCUGGCAAACUACUCCCUGCCCAGGGCAGCGAAGCGGCUGGAGGAGGCCCGGCUGCUCAAGGAGAUCCCCGAGGCCACCAGGACAUCCCAGAGGCAGGAGCUGCACAAAUCCCUGCGGUCCCUCAAUAACUUCUGCAGCCAGAUCGGGGACGAUCGCCCGCUGUCCUACUGCCACUUCAGCCCCAACUCCAAGCUCCUGGCCACGGCCUGCUGGAGUGGGCUGUGCAAGCUCUGGUCUGUGCCCGACUGCAACCUGGUUCACACCUUGCGAGGACACAGCACCAACGUGGGAGCAGUUGUGUUCCACCCCAAAGCCACCGUGUCCCUGGACAAGAAGGACGUCAGCCUGGCCUCGUGUGCUGCUGAUGGCUCUGUCAAACUCUGGAACCUGGAAAGUGAUGAGCCCAUGGCAGACAUCGAAGGACACAGCAUGAGAGUGGCCCGUGUGAUGUGGCACCCGUCGGGGAGGUUCCUGGGCACCACCUGCUACGACCACUCGUGGCGCCUGUGGGACCUGGAGGCCCAGGAGGAGAUCCUGCACCAGGAGGGGCACAGCAAGGGGGUCUAUGACAUCGCCUUCCACACCGACGGCUCCCUCGCCGGCACCGGGUGGGUUGGCCUGGCACUGGGGCUGGCUGGGACGUGUUCCCAAGGGCACCACAGGGCCAGCUCUUGGUGCCUCCCUGGGAAAAUACCACGGGACGAGAGGCCAGCAAGUAACACAGAAGAAUAUUUAAUCACAGGCUCCUCUGGUCCAAGCCUGGACACCAGCUAA